AUGGCAGGGGUGUCGCCAGUGCUGUACUCACCAACACAGCAGGCAUAUCCAACGCCCUCUCCCUUCACAAACACCUCAGGAAGUUGGAGUAGCUCUCACCCAAUCUUCCUUCUCUACUCCAACCUUGUCCUUCGCUUCUUUUCCUUUCUCUUCUCCGCUGUUUCCGCCAUCUCCCUCACCACUCCACUCUUCCACAAACAUCCUUUCUUCGGCGAUUAUGACGAGCUCAGGUACUGCUUUGGCGUUGCCAUCUUAGCUACCCUUUACUCAUUUUCUCUGCUCUUCAAAGGCUUACAUGACAUUGCUUUCAAAGGCCUUCUCAUUUCAGAUAAUCUAUGCGACUCCAUCACAUUCGUCUUUGACCAGGUAACCUUUCCACCGUACACAUGUCCUACUUGUACCAGGAUCCACACCGUCAAAGUCGCUGACCCAGUUAUAAAUGGAUUAUAA